AUGUUAGCCAUUGCUCUAAUUUCCUUUCUCUUCUUACAACUCAUAACGGCCACUAUUUCUACCACGCCGCCACCGUAUAACGCCACUGUCUUUGUCUUGCUUAACUGUGGCGCACAAUCAGCCACCACCGAUGAAACUGACCGUCGAUGGGAUACUGAUACUCACUUUCCAAAUUUCUUACCUUCCAACUUUUCAAGCAUAUCUACAACAGCCACAGCUUCUGAACAAGAUCCUUCGGUCGAUAGAGUUCCUUAUACGACUGGUGCUCGUAUCAUGAAAUCUCGAUUCACUUACACUUUCCGUGUUUCUCCUGGCGCCAAAUUCCUCCGUCUCUAUUUUUACCCCGCUAAUUACUCUGGCUUCAACAAAGCUGAAUCUUUUUUCUCCGUCACAGCUAAUCAUUUAACCCUCUUGAGUAACUUCAACGCUCUCGCUGCAGUUACCGAUUCUAGUAAAGCUCUUCGAAAAGAAUUUGUCAUUAAUGUUGAUGAAACUCAGAUUCUUAAUGUGACCUUUUCUCCCUCGCCAAACUCUUAUGCUUUUGUUAAUGGGAUAGAGAUACUUUCCAUGCCUACCAAUCUCUACAUCCGUGGAAACCAUCGCAUUGAAUUGGUGGGCCAGAAUGAUUUUUUUUACAUCAAUAACAGCACUGCUCUUGAAACUUUGUACAGGCUGAACGUGGGAGGCAAUUUUGUUGGUAGCACAGAGGAUACAGGGAUGUAUCGUGUAUGGGAUUCAGAUGAUGCAUUUGUUGUUGGAUAUGGCUAUCAAACUCCUCAUUUUGAUGUCAACAUCACUUACACUUCUGAAACCCCGGCUUAUUCUGCGCCAACCAUAAUUUACACAACCUCUAGGACCAUGGCCAAUUACAGCAAGGGCCUAGAUUGGGAAUUCCCUCUAAACUCUGGUUUCUAUUAUCUUUUCAGGCUCCAUUUUUGUGAGAUUCAGCCGGAAGUUAAGGGAGUGAACCACAGAUUUUUCGACAUAUACAUUGGAAACCAAAUGGCAGAGCGAGCAGCGGAUGUAGUUGAAUGGAGUGGCGGCUGGAGAUUCCCGGUUUACAGAGACUACGUGGUGAAUGUGCCUAACCCAGACGACCGACAAAACAAGCAAAAUAUUACGCUUGAAUUGAGUCCUAACAUGAACACAAAAGCUGUGUAUGCUAAUGGUACCUCAGAAUUAGCGUAUUCAAAUGUUAUCCUAAAAGGCUUAGAAAUUUUCAAAGUGGGUGAUGCAAAUGGGAGUCUGGCCCCGUCAAUUCAUGAAUUGCCCUCCGGAAAUCCGGCCGCCUUGACUCCUGAAUUUGCCUCAGAAGCUCCGAUCGCUUCAUUAGCUUUUCCUAACAACAAGAAGAAAAGAAUAUCAUGGUAUAUCAUUGUUGCUAUCAUCACAGGUGUGACUAGCGGUAUUGCUUUUUUUUCGAUUCUGGGUUUCUUAAUUUCCCGACGACGAAAUGGGGGAAAAGAUUCUGGUACAAGUGUUACCAAGUCAUCAUCACCACCAUCCGAUCUGUGCCGACACUUUUUAAUAGCAGAGAUAAAAAACGCUACCGACAAUUUUGAUGAAAAAUUUGUGAUUGGAUAUGGAGGUUUUGGUAAUGUUUAUAAAGGGUACCUUGACAAUGGUACAACCACAGUUGCAGUCAAGAGAUCGAAUCCUUCAUCAAAGCAAGGGGUUCGCGAGUUCCAAACAGAGAUUGAGAUGUUAUCAUCAAAGCUAAGGCAUCGACAUCUAGUGUCCUUAAUUGGUUAUUGUGAUGAUAAGAAUGAGAUGAUCUUGGUUUAUGAUUACAUGGCUAAUGGAACUCUUCGUGAUCACUUGUACAAUACUCGCAAUGCUCCUCUUCCAUGGAAGAAACGCCUUGACAUUUGCAUUGGUGCAGCUAAAGGAUUAUAUUACCUUCAUUCAGGUACCAAACAUAUGAUCAUUCAUCGAGAUGUCAAGUCAACUAACAUCCUAUUGGACGAUAAAUGGGUCGCCAAGGUGUCCGAUUUUGGAUUGUCCAAAGUAGGUUCAGUAGGUGGGACAGAUAUUACCCAUGUUAGCACUGCAGUGAAAGGAAGUUUUGGGUAUGUAGAUCCUGAAUACUACAAGCGUCAACGAUUGACAGUAAAAUCAGAUGUUUAUUCUUUUGGGGUGGUUCUGUUUGAAGUGUUAUGCGGUAGGCCAGCAAUAAAUCCAAACUUGCCAAGUGGGCAAGUGAAUUUGGCUGAAUGGGCUUGUAGGAGUUGUAAAAAGAGAGAACUUGAAGAAAUAAUUGAUCCUAACUUGAAAGGACAAAUAGCCCCAGAAUGCUUAAGGAAGUUUGCAGAAUUGGCAUAUCAUUGUUUGAGAAAAGAAGGGGUUCAAAGGCCAUCAAUGGGUGAUGUUGUAAAAACUUUAGAAUUUGCAUUACAGGUUCAAGAGGGUGCAGAUCAUGAGGUGGAAGGAUCCUCUUUUCCGUUGAUUAUUAAUGGUGAUGCUAUGAAUGAAGAUGAGAUAUUCUCAGAUUUAAGUGAAGUUGAAAGAAAUUUGACAAGCAUGUCGGUCAGUAGGAGUGCCAAAGUGAACAAUGUUGCCCUUUUCUCUGAGAUUGUCAAUCCAUUGGGUCGAUGAAAUUGUUAUGAUCAUAGUUCGAUACAUUGAAAUUACAUGUAUUUUGUUUU